UAGCGCCUGAAGGUUCUAACGUAGAGGGCGCAGAGAAAAAGAGAAGAACGAACGAAAAACAGAUAGAAGAUCGGGGGAGAUACAAGAAUUCUAAUCCAGAUUAACCGGUAAAUUGACCUAUAUAAUCAGUUAUUAUUGUUCAUGAUUGGAUUAUGGAAUACUUACUAAAUAAAUUGUGUUAAUGUGGAUGAAAACUGAUGACAGAAGGAUUCUUAUUUUAGCGUGAAUCUAUGGUGUGUGCUUGACGUAUACGUGAGUUCAGUGAGAGCUACAUUGGAGCACACGGAGAAGAUUGAUUUGGCGAGAUUUGAGAGUGGGGAGCGUUACAUUGGUGGCAGCGGUGGGAUAAUUCUAGACGAAUUAUGGAACCUACAGAACCCACAUCAAUCUCAGAAUCGAGAAUACACCCUAUUCAUGCUAAUGAAUCUGUCCGUUAUGGUUUUGGAACAAUUCAACCGGAGGAAGGAGCAUCAUUUGUAACGGUAGAUGAAUACCACAUGUCAGACCACGUGCGAAGCUUUCCACAGCACGCAGCCUAUGGGAACGCACGACGCGUCGGUAGCAGAUUGUAUGAUGCGUUAAUGGUGGAGGACGCUCGCCAUGUGCGUUCGUUGGGCAAUGAAUAUAACGCACGAGGUGAUAUGAGCGGACACAGGGAGGAGCAGAUUUCAAAUAACACGCACACACUGCGUUCGGCGUUUGGCAACAGGAGCUACGACGCACAGGGCGUUAUGGACAGACCAAACGAAGAGAUGUUUCCUGACACUACGCACGAAGCGUGCGUGUUAAGCAACGAAGGCCACGACGCAGGUUGCAGUGUGAUUGGGCAUGGUGAGGAGCUGAUCCCGGACAAAACGCACGCGGUGCGUUCGUUGAGCGACGAAGGCCACAACGCACAACGCGUUUUAACAGAACGCAAUAGGGCGACGACCUCUGAUGACGCACACAUGGUGCGUUCGUUGAGCGACGAAAGCCGCAACGCAGGAAGCGUUUUGAGAGGACGCAGUGAGGAGCUGAUCCCGGACAAAACGCACGCGUUGCGUUCAUUGAGCGACGAAAGCCACAACGCACAAUGCGUGCUGAGAGCACGCAGUAAGGCCAUGACCCCUGAUAACACACACACAGUGCGUUCGUUGGGCAACGAAGGCCGCAACGCGCGAAGCGUUUUGACAGGACGCAAUGACGCGUCAACCCCAGGCCCCAUGCACAGUGCACACACAUUCAACAACGACUACCGCAACGCAAGAAGCGUUAGUAGUAGUCACAAUGGUUUGAUAGCAGACAUUGCACACUCAUUGAGAUCUCAAGACAGCGAACGCCCAGGCGCACAAGGCGAUUGGAACUAUCGGGAAGGAGAGGCCCUAGAUUCGCAUCGCGCACGCAUUCUGCGUUCAUUUGAUCACCUAAACUACAACGUACAGUGUCCAAGAAAAGAAAGGAGGCAACCUGAAUACUCGGCCAUGGAUCAUGAAUACUUGCCUCAGAGGAUAGGCUGGCCUAUUGUAUCUGUGCGCCCACCUGACAGGACAAUUAGCAAGCCAGUGUAUGAGCCAGGCACAUUCACAGGAAAAGAGGUUUUUGAGAGCUAUUUAAGUCAUUUUGAAAUUGCAGCAGAUAUUAACGCAUGGAACAAUCGAGAGAAGGCUGUAUUUCUCACAGCAAGUCUGCGUGGUGGUGCUCAGGAGAUUCUAAUGGAACUAUCACCAUCGCAGAGAGUGAAUUAUGAGUUUCUAGUAGCUGCCUUGACUACCCGUUAUGCAUCAAGAGGUCAAGCAGAGUUAAACCGUUUGAAGCUCAAGAACAGGAGGCAGGGAGUGGAAGAAACCCUGACAGAAUUGGCUCAUAGUGUAAAGUGUCUGAUCAGGAAGGUAUAUCCUGGUGCAUCUGAGGAUACAAGAAGGACACUAGCUAAGGACAGUUUCGUUGACGCUCUGAAGGAUGCUGAAGUUCGCUUCGAGGUUAUGAAAGCCCAGUGUGAAACGAUCGACGAUGCACUCGUUAUUGCAGCGAGGAUCUCUGAGCUCAAGACUACAGAAGCAAUGCGAGUAAACUACAGACAAGUUCGGACUCUGAAUGCCAAGACCGAGGAAGAAAAAAAGCCAACUGAACAUCAACUGGAGACAUUGGUGAAAGAACUGCAGCUGACUGUCACCCAGUUGAGAAAAGAUGUGGCAGAUAUGUCCAAGGAUAGGUCGAAAGGUUACGGAUCUCAAUCAAGAACCAAAUCCUUUGCAGAAAAAAACAAAGGAGCUACAUGCUGGAAUUGCGGGAGCGAAGGACACUUUAAGGCUGAUUGUCCUGCAAUGACAGAAGGAAACAGCAAGCAACAGGAAAACUAGAGCCUACCGACUUUAAGGGUCGAGAGCCGGUAGAAGUUCCCAAAAGGCCCAAUGGAACAAGGAUCGAGGAAGCUCGAUAUAUGCCUGUUAGAUCAGCUAGGUCAGGAGAUAUUGGUCUUUUUGUUGAUGUCAUGAUUGGUGACCACACAGUCCGGAUGCUGGUAGAUUGCGGUGCUUCAGUUUCUGUCAUUAAGACAAGUGUUGCCUCACUCAUCGGAUGUGAUGAGCUCCUUGAGAGAGACAUAGGUGUUAAAAUGACUACUGCGAGUGAUGUGCACAGUAUUCCCUUCAAGGGUAAAGGAGAACUAAACAUGUGUCUAGGAGGGAAGUUACGCAGGAAACUAGUUUGGUUUGCAGACGUAAAAGAAGAUGGAAUCCUUGGUCUUGAUUCCCUUGAGGACUGGAAAUGCAAAGUUGAUUUUGGUCGUCGAGAAAUGUGGGUAGAUGGUGUAAAGGUCCCUUGCCAUAGCUUUGAAGGGUCGCCUGCUUGUUGCAGAGUCACCGUGAGUGAUACCGUCACCCUACCACCCCUCACUGGACAAGUUAUCAAGGGUCAAAUGGAAGACAAUUUGGUAUUCACUGACGUAAUCCUGGAACCUUCGUCUAAGUGGACUGGCUCAGGAAGUGUUCUAGUCGAUGCGGCGGUGAUGAGGCCGGGUGCCAAGACAAUACCAGUGAGAGUCAUCAAUGUAUCCAACCAACCUGUCAAGUUUUAUAAAGGGACCACCGUUGGUCAAUGUCAGAAAGCUGAGGUAGUUACACAGGAAACUGUCUCCGGAGACAACCCUUCUAUAAGUGACAAAACUCCGUACAUAACUGUUGAUGGAGUGAAGAUACCAGAACAUUUGCAAGACACAUGGAAACACAGC